GGGUGGCGCAGAGCCAUCUUACCAGGCCGGGGAGGGGAGUCCGGCCGCUGCCUGCGCCAGGAGAGGAGCUGGGACCGGGCUGCGGGGGAGCCUGCGCGGGAAGCCGGGGCCAUGGGGCGCUAGAGACCGGCACCCCGGAGCCGCGCGGUCCCAGCCCCGGGAGGCGGCGGCAGCUCCCCGUCCGCGUCCGUCAGCCGCUGGAGCGGCGCCCCCGCAUUUGCCCGCCGGCCCCAUGGGAGAGGAGACGCUGCCAGCGCUUUAGUAGCCACCCCCGGGACACUGCUUCCACUCCCAUCUCGGGGCACCGAUCCGAGGCACCGCGCCUCCCAUCCAACACCUCCUGGGCAGCCCCCCCCCGACACUGACCCCUGGGGGUACCGGUCCCCCCCGGGCACUGACCACGGGUCCCACUGCUUUCCUCCCACCGCCCCCGAGACCGACCGCAGCGACACGGCUCCCUUCCUACCCCGGGCACCGAGCCCCGGGACGCUGACCCGGGCACCUCUUCUCCCCAGAGCCCUCCAACCUUCCCCUGCCCAGGACGCUGCUUUUCCCUUCACUCUUCCCCCUACCCCUGGGGUUGCUUCCCGCGACGCGCCCCCUGCCUCUCAGGCAGUGCGUGAGGACCACCCCCCGUCCCGACUCCUCACGAGAACAGGGGAGGUUUUACAACCAUUCAAACACAGGAAGUGUCCCACCUCCAGCCCCCCACUACCUUUUUUGUGACGGGGAGAAAGCAGUUGGUUAUUUUUUUUUUUUUGCACUUGUAGUGAGAGAAAAGCACAACCUCAGGGAGACCUGACUCUAUAGAGAAACUUAAGAAACAAACAACCCCCUUUCCCCCAUCAGACUCUCCAGGUCACUUGCAGCUGAAACCUUCAGACUUUCCUGUGUCUGUCAGACACAUGCCUGUGUCAGGGCUGGAAGCAUCAGUCACCAGACUAACCAAGACCUAGGGUUUAAGUAUGUUUUGUGGACAUAAAAGUUUUUAAACUUUUUAAAGAACUUGGUAUCUUUGGGAUUUUUACAAGUUUCCCUUAUUUUAUGUCACAUUUCUGCUCUCCCCGCUUGAGACAGCUGUUGCUCUGUUUUUUCCCUGGUGUUGUAGUAUGGGGACCUGAGUGGAGCUGGACUUUUAAUUAUCGAUAAAAGUUGUCCUGGAGUCACGUUCAUCCGUCUGAGUGGUCAGAUCUGUCCCUUUCCUUCUUCGUGUCUAUUGGAUGUGAUGGAACUCAUGUUUGCAGAGUGGGAGGACGGGGAAAGGUUUUCGUUUGAAGACUCUGACCGCUUUGAGGAAGACUCCCUUUGUUCCUUCAUCUCUGAGGCGGAGAGCCUUUGCCAGAACUGGAGAGGAUGGAGGAAGCAAUCAGCUGGACCCAAUUCCCCCACUGUCAAAAUGAAAGAUGGUUUGGUGAUUCCACUGGUGGAACUGUCUGCGAAGCAGGUGGCGUUUCACAUUCCAUUCGAGGUAGUGGAGAAAGUCUACCCCCCCGUACCUGAACAGCUGCAGCUUCGAAUCGCCUUCUGGAGCUUCCCAGAGAACGAGGAGGACAUCAGGUUGUACUCCUGCCUGGCGAAUGGCAGUGCAGAUGAGUUCCAGCGGGGGGAGCAGCUGUUCCGGAUGCGGGCUGUCAAAGACCCUCUGCAGAUAGGUUUCCACCUGAGUGCCACCGUGGUACCUCCGCAGAUGGUGCCACCAAAAGGUGCAUACAACGUGGCAGUGAUGUUUGAUCGAUGCAGGAUCACCUCAUGCAGCUGUACCUGUGGAGCUGGAGCCAAGUGGUGUGCCCAUGUCGUGGCCCUCUGUCUCUUCCGGAUACACAACGCAUCUGCAGUAUGCUUGCGAGCACCUGUUUCAGAGUCCUUGUCUCGGCUGCAAAGAGAUCAGCUACAGAAAUUUGCUCAGUACCUGAUCAGUGAACUCCCACAACAGAUUCUUCCUACUGCUCAGCGCCUACUGGAUGAGCUGUUAUCGUCUCAAUCCACUGCCAUCAACACAGUGUGUGGAGCCCCAGAUCCCACUGCUGGUCCCUCAGCCUCAGACCAAAGCACCUGGUACCUGGAUGAAUCUACUUUAAGUGACAACAUAAAGAAAACCCUUCACAAAUUCUGUGGGCCCUCUCCUGUUGUCUUCAGUGAUGUGAACUCUAUGUACCUCUCCUCCACGGAGCCACCAGCCGCUGCCGAGUGGGCAUGUCUCCUGCGUCCUCUGAGAGGGAGAGAGCCUGAGGGGAUCUGGAACCUGCUCUCUAUUGUUCGGGAGAUGUUCAAGAGAAGAGACAGCAAUGCAGCCCCUCUGCUGGAGAUCCUGACUGACCAGUGUCUGACCUAUGAGCAGAUAACAGGUUGGUGGUACAGCGUACGAACAUCUGCAUCCCACAGCAGCGCUAGCGGGCACACCGGCCGCAGUAAUGGUCAAUCAGAAGUGGCUGCUCAUGCCUGUGCCAGCAUGUGUGAUGAGAUGGUGGUUCUCUGGAGGCUGGCUGUCUUAGACCCAACCAUCAGCCCACAGAGGCGCAGGGACCUUUGCACCCAGCUCAGACAGUGGCAGCUGAAAGUCAUAGAUAAUGUCAAGAGGGGGCAGCACAAGAAAUCCCUGGAGAAGCUCUUCCAAGGUUUCAAGCCAGCUGUGGAAGCCUGUUACUUCAAUUGGGAGGAGGCCUAUCCCAUCCCUGGCAUCACCUACAGCAGCACUGAUAAGAAGAAUUCGUUCUGUUGGGUAAAGGCUGUCCAGCAGAGGAACUGUCGGUUGCAGUGUGUGGAAACAACAUGUGAGGCUGGCAGAGGCCAUGGACAGGACCCUGGGGGAACCUGUCUGCACCCAGGGGACAGGUCACGCCCAUCUUCGCAAGAGCCAGCUGUCCGUCCUAAGGAACUCAUUGGGAAGCGGAAAGUUGUCUCUGAAACUCCCCAGAGGGCUCUGCGCCGACUUUCAGCGGAAGGAGAUAAGGCUGUUUAUAAGACAGCAGUAGGCAAGACCAAGCUGCCGGUGGGGAAAAGCUUAGCCAGUAAACACAGUGGGAAACGCCGCAUGAGCAGUGAAGACAGCUCUCUGGAACCAGACUUGGCAGAGAUGAGCCUGGAUGACAGCAGCUUGGCUCUGGGGGCGGAGGCCAGUAACACCUUCAGUUUCACGGAAAGCCCCCUGAGUAGGAGCUACAGGGACACUUUUGAAGAUGAUGGGGGCGUGUACUUCUCGGAGGGUCCUGAGCCCAGUGUCAGGAGCAAUCCCGCUGCCAAGAAAGCUCCAAAGGAUCCUGUGGAAGAAGUGGGCAGCGGAGAUGACGAUCUGCCUUCUGCAGAUGAGAACGGUGCAAGCCGGAAGCCAGAAGUGGGAGAAAAUGGUGCAGCAGGGGGCGGGGAGGAGGGAGAAGAGGAAGAUGAUUACCAGGUAUACUAUCUGAAUCCACAGGAGGUGGCCAAGGAGGAGGAGGACAAAGCGGAGGGGGGGAAUGAAGAGGAGCAGGACAUCUUUGCUGGUAUAAAGCCCCUGGAGCAGGAGAACAGGAUGGAGAUCCUCUUUGCCUGUGCAGAGGCUCUCUAUGCACACGGAUACAGUAAUGAAGCAUGCCGUCUGACUGUAGAACUGGCCAGAGACCUACUGGCCAACCCUCCAGAUCUCAAGGUGGAGCAGCCCCCAACCAAGGGGAAGAAGAACAAGGUGUCGACCAGCAAGCAGACAUGGAUGGCAACCAACACCCUGUCCAAAGCUGCUUUCCUGCUGACUGUGCUGAGUGAGAGGCUGGAAUACCACAACUUGGCCUUCCGCAUUGGCAUGUUUGCCUUGGAGCUACAGAGGCCUCCUGCCUCUACCAAGGCCCUGGAGGUGAAGCUGGCAUACCAGGAAUCUGAGAUUGUGGCCUUGUUAAAGAAGAUCCCUUUGGGCACUAAUGAGAUGAACACCAUUCGAGGAAGGGCUGAAGAGCUGAGAGAAGGGACCUUGUGUGAUUACCGCCCUGUCCUGCCUCUCAUGCUGGCCAGCUUCAUAUUUGAUGUCCUGUGCACUCCAGUGGUUUCUCCGACAGGGUCCAGGCCCCCAAGCCGUAAUUGGAAUAAUGAAAUGCCUGGCGAUGAGGAACUUGGUUUUGAAGCAGCUGUUGCUGCUCUUGGCAUGAAGACGACUGUGAGUGAAGCAGAGCACCCUCUUCUGUGUGAAGGAACCCGAAGAGAGAAGGGUGAUCUGGCUCUAGCUCUGAUGAUCACGUACAAAGAUGACCAGUCUAAAUUGAAAAAGAUUUUAGACAAACUGCUAGACAGAGAGAGCCAAACACACAAGCCACAGACUCUGAGUUCCUUCUACUCAUCCAGCAAGCCCACAGUAGCCAAUCAGAAAUCUCCUUCCAAACAUGCUGCCCAAUCCACCACAGCUAUCCAGCAGCUUCCAGGGACGUCAGUCACUCAGCAAGCAGGUGUAACCACUGCAGUCCAGAGCAGUCCUUCUGAAAGCUUUGUGGAGAAGAGUGCACAGGAGAGCUCUCAGAGGUCUCCUUGCGAGCCACCUGGGGAGUCCAGUGUUGUGAAACAGGAGGGGAAGGUUCCCAGUCGUCUGGCCCUUGGAAGUCGAGGUGGAUACAAUGGGAGAUGCUGGGGCUCACCUGUCAGGCAGAAGAAGAAACACACAGGUAUGGCCAGUAUUGACAGCAGUGCUCCCGAAACCACCUCUGACAGCUCUCCAACCCUCAGUCGGCGGCCCCUUCGUGGGGGAUGGGCAGCCACUUCCUGGGGCAGAGGACAGGACAGUGACAGCAUCAGCAGCUCGUCCAGUGACUCACUGGGCUCAUCGUCCUCGAGUGGCAGCAGGAGAGCCAGUGGUGGAGCACGUGCAAAGACUGUGGAAGUUGGCAGGUAUAAAGGGAGGCGGCCGGAAAGCCAUGCACCUCACGUCCCAAAUCAACCCUCGGAAGCAGCUGCUCACUUCUACUUUGAACUGGCCAAGACAGUUCUUAUCAAGGCGGGUGGAAACAGCAGUACCUCCAUCUUCACUCAUCCCUCCUCCAGCGGUGGGCACCAGGGGCCCCACCGCAACCUCCAUCUCUGCGCCUUCGAGAUUGGGCUCUAUGCACUAGGGCUGCACAACUUUGUGUCUCCCAACUGGCUCUCUCGAACCUACUCCUCCCACGUCUCUUGGAUCACAGGGCAGGCCAUGGAAAUUGGCAGCGCAGCCUUGAACAUUCUGGUGGAGUGUUGGGAUGGACACUUGACUCCUCCGGAAGUGGCAUCAUUGGCAGACAGGGCUUCAAGGGCCAGGGACUCCAACAUGGUGCGAGCAGCUGCUGAAUUGGCACUCAGCUGCCUGCCCCAUGCCCAUGCUCUGAAUCCAAAUGAGAUCCAGAGGGCCCUGGUGCAGUGCAAGGAGCAGGAUAACCUGAUGCUGGAGAAGGCCUGCAUGGCGGUGGAAGAGGCAGCCAAAGGAGGUGGGGUGUACCCAGAAGUCCUGUUUGAAGUGGCACACCAGUGGUACUGGUUGUAUGAACAGACUGUUGGUGGGACCCCGGCGCAGAGAGAAGGAGCCACUGGUUGCAGCGCCAGUGGUGCCCGGGCAGGCUCUGAAGCAGUGCGCGGAUUGACAGACAGCAGGGUGACUGCUGAGCCCACCACUGUGACAGUGGCAGCUGCAGUGACAGCAGCAGCCACAGUAGUGCCGGUGAUCUCUGUGGGGUCAACUAUCUACCAGCAGCAUACGAUGGCCGGGCCAGCAAUGGCACAUGCACACACCCAGGGCCUGCACCCCUACACUACUCUCCAGACCCAUAUACCCUGUAACCCCCAGUAUAUUGGACACCCAAUCCAGCACAUGCCACGCCCAGCAGUCUUCCCUGUGCCUGGCUCAGCGUACCCCCAGGGUGUCCACCCAGCAUUCAUAGGAGCACAGUAUCCCUAUUCUGUAACAACACCAUCUCUGGCAGCUACAGCAGUGUCGUUUCCCGGUGUACCCGUCCCAUCCAUGACACAGAUUGCAGUGCACCCGUACCAUGCCGAGACAGGACUGUCACUGUCUUCCAACGUAGCAAGGAGUGUCCACACGGGGUCAACAUUCCCAGCAAUUCAGGGGGCUCCCUUGACAGCUCUUUCCUCGCAGCCCAACUCCCUUGUUACAGGGGGCUUUCCUUCAGAGGAUGAACAGCACAGUCAGCCUGUGAGCCCCCAGGGUCUGCACUACCUCCACUCUGCCUACCGAGUUGGGAUGCUGGCACUGGAGAUGCUUGGCCGGAGAGCUCACAACGACCAUCCUAACAACUUCUCCCGCAGCCCGCCCUACACAGAGGAUGUGAAAUGGCUCCUGGGGUUAGCUGCCAAGCUAGGUGUAAACUAUGUACAUCAGUUCUGCGUUGGCGCAGCCAAGGGGGUGCUGAGCCCUUUUGUGCUGCAGGAGAUCAUCAUGGAAGCACUACAGAGACUCAACCCUGCCCAUGUCCACAACCACCUACGCACUCCAGCCUUCCACCAGCUGGUGCAGCGGUGCCAGCAGGCGUACAUGCAGUACAUCCACCACCGGUUGAUCCACCUCACCCCAGCUGACUACGAUGACUUUGUGAAUGCCAUCCGCAGCGCCCGAAGCGCCUUCUGCUUGACCCCCAUGGGCAUGAUGCAGUUCAACGAUAUCCUCCAAAACCUAAAGCGCAGCAAGCAGACCAAGGAGCUGUGGCAAAGGGUCUCUCUGGAAAUGACCACCUUCUCCCCGUGACAGCAGGCAGAAAGCUACGGACUUGCAGACCCCCACCCUGGGUAGCUUUAGUUCCAAUCACACCAUCGUUCCUUAUGGUGUCUUUUUUAUUUUAGUUUUAACUUGUUGGAAACCACUGAUCUGAUGUAUUUAUACCGUGACAUUCCUCUCCAGCGCCACCGCAUAACAGUGCUCAGCUUCACUUGUUCUUCCUCCGACCCCCCGCAGGCCACGGCCUUCUUAAGGGGGAGGAAAUGAGAAGCAGUUGAGCUGGCUUCCCUGCGGUGUAUCCUUGAUUUCGCCCUGAGGCUGUCCACGAGCGGUUUGCAGUGUGUGUGCGCGGUUUGAGGGCGGGGAGAGUCUGUCUUCAAACAAAUAUUUAUUUUGGCAUUUAUAAAUGUGUAAACUUCCUUUUUUUGUAUGGGCUUCUCUCUCUCUUCACACGCCAGCUUCUGUCAGGGAGGCUGGGGCCGCUCUCUGCAGAGCCAGAGCUCCCAGGCCAUUCCUCGCAGCACCCCCUGCUGAUUGAAGCUGGAGUAGCAGGGAGCUCCUCGCUGCCCAGCCACCUCCACAAUUCCCUGCAUCGGCUUCUGAUGGGAGAGGCUGGGACUUGGAGAGUCAUGCAUCGGGACUGUGCUCAGCUGCCUGGAAGCCUGGCUGAGCUGCUGGGGCUCUUUUCCAGGAGGGUUGCUGCCUGGGCACUGCUGGCUCCGUCGGAUGUUCUGAGUUGUACAAUCGUGUUCCUUUGGCUGGGGUAUUACUCUCCUGUAAUCAAUUUCUUAUCCCUGGUCUCUUCUCGUUUCCUGAUUAAACACUCGUUUUCUUAGA